CUCUACCUGUAGGUUGCAGGGUUUCCGAAAUAAAAAGAAAUGACAAUUUUCCUUCUCAGUCUGGUGGCAAAGGGAAAGGAAAGCCGCCACGCAGGCCUCGUUUGCUGCGUGUGAAAUGCGUGUGUUCUUUAAAAGGCAGUGGUUGGCUGCUUAUCCGGACAUGAUGUGGUUGAAGCUGUCAUCGUAAUGGAAAUUCAUUGCUGUAGCUAUGGUAAAUUGAGUUUUCUGCCUGUGCUGAAUGCAUUAGUCUAAUGAGAUGUUUGCAGCUGGAGAGCUGAGCUGCUGGAGACUUACACUGUGCUAAAAGACAGGGAGAAGAUGGCUUUUGCUGGGUCCUUGUGACUGUGCUGAAAGUCCUCUGUCCUUUGGGUCCCAAUGCCCAGGCUCUCUAAAGACUCUGCUCAGUGUCUUAGCCUAAGCAAUAGGGCAGAUGAGCCACCCACCGUGCCUGGACCCCAGCCUGGCUGCUGGGGAGAUGCAGUCCCCCAGGAUGGCAGGGAAGAAGCGAGGGCGGCCCCCUCUCCAGCCAGCACCCAUCAAAAUGGCUGUUCACAACCUCUUCUCAGCACCACCAGGUGCUCUGCCAGCCAUGAAGAUCCCAAAGAAGAGAGGGAGAAAACCUGGGCACAAGCUGAAGUCUCGUGUCCUGAUGACUCCUUUGGCAAUCUCUCCUCCGAGAAGCACGCCGGAGCCGGACAUUAGCUCAAUCCCCCAGGAUGCAGCUACGGUACCCAACUCGGACACCCCACAGGCUCUCACAGUCUGCAUUUAUGUCAACAAGCAAGCAAACCUGGGGCCGUACCUGGACAGAAAGAAGGUGCAGCAGCUGCCGGAGCACUUUGGCCCCGAGCGGCCGGCGGCGGCCCUGCAGCAAGCAGUGCAAGCCUGCAUCGACUGUGCCCUCCAGCCAAAGGUGGUCUUCUCCCUCAUCAGGCAGGGCUACGGAGGAGAGAUGGUGUCAGUUUCAGCUUCUUUUGAGGGGAAGCAGCAUCUCCAGAGCCUGCUGGUCGUGAACAGCAUCGGGUACGUCCUGCGCUUCCUGAAGAAGCUGUGUCGCAGCCUGCUGUGUGACAACCUCUUCAGCAACCAGCCGUUCCAGCAGCGCAGCAGCGCCGUGCCGGAGAGCCCGCAGCGCUCUGAAAACGGGCGGGGCGAGGCAGAGACAGUUAUACCUGAGGACUACCUGGCUGAUGCUCCAAGCAGGAAGCAGUACAGUGUGGAUCCUGCCGACGCUGCCUUGGGCUCCACGUACACCGUGCGUCAGAGUCCUGCAGAUGGACACCCUGCUGGAGGCUCCUCUUCCUCCUGUAGCCAUCGUCCUGCCCACAUGGCUUCAGGGGGGUCCCCAUCUGCUGGCCUGCGGCAUCAGACCUCCAGCCCAACAAGGAAUGGGGCCUACCUUGAAGGAAACAGAAGUGCCUCAAGCCCUUCGCCUGAACAACAAGAUGCAGCUCGGCCAUCAAGCAAGAAUCCUUUGACCUGGACGGUGGAUGAUGUGGUUUGGUUUGUGAAGGAUGCAGACCCUCAAGCUUUAGGCCCUCACGUGGAGCUCUUCAGAAAACACGAAAUUGAUGGCAAUGCUUUGUUACUGCUGAAAAGCGACAUGAUCAUGAAAUACCUGGGGCUGAAAUUGGGACCAGCACUGAAACUGUGUUACCACAUUGAUAAGCUCAAGCAAGCCAAGUUCUAAUAAUUUCUUGAACAACAGAAUCUGAGCUAAAUCUAGAUGGAAGACUAAAGGUAACAUGUUGCCUUACAGAAAUGCAUUCAUUUGCAGAUUGCUUUUCCUUCUUUUUUAUCAAAGACUUUGUCUUUUUUAACAUUUGUGCAUUGUCACCUUUUUUUAAUCCAAUGGGAUCUUUUUGGGCCUCUCUGUGUUAAUAAUUUGCCAAAAAGUGUAUAAUUACAAUAAUUAUUUUGUAUCAUUAAUAUUAUUAUGAUUAUAGUAAGUCCUAUUUUUGUAACCAGAAGUGGGAAAUCAAAACCAAACACAGCUACAGCAUAUGCUUAGGACUGCUAGAAGACAAAGCAAGAGUCCCUCACUUGUCACCUCUUGAGGAGCAGUCGCUGACCUGCCUUGCCUGGGCUCCAGCCCCGCUCUCCAUGCUCCAGGGUUGGAAAAGCGCAGCGUUUUGUCUGAUGGGAACUGCUCCGUGUCUUGCACUAUCCGGAAAACUUGAAUUCUUCACGCAAACAAAUGAAAAACCAAACAAACAAGAACAAAGAAAA